AUGAACCAACUUCACACAGAACUGCUUCUCAAAGUGGAAGUAUUGGAACCUCAAGUACUAGAAUUUGAGGACAAUGAAGAUAUGUUUGCUGAUAAUGGUUCAAAUCAGGAGCAACCGGAUUACAUCAUUAAUUAUGAUGGUGAGCAGGAAGAGGUUGGUAAUGAAUUCAACCCCAAAACAGAUAUAAAGAGGCCUGUUUUCAAGUUAGACAUGAAGUUUGGUACAGUUCAAAUAUUAAGGGAUGCUUUGAAGGAGAUGGCCAUACAAGGUGGCUGGGAAUAUGUUUUUAUCAAAAAUGAUAAAGUGAGGUUAAGGGUUAUAUGCAAAGAGGAUGACUGUCCUUUUGAACUGUUUGCCUCCAAAAUGCAGCAUGAAAACUCACUGAUGAUCAAGGGGUAUAAUCCAAAACACACUUACACAAGGAAGUUCAACAACAGUAUGGUGAAAUUGAGGUACUUAACUGCAAAGUUCAAGGACCAAAUAGCCCUAAAUGAUGCAUGGAAAACAAAUUCACUUGCUAAAAUAAUGUCAGCAAAGAUUAGAGCAAGAGUGUCAACUCAAAUGGCCUAUAAGGCCAACAGGGCUGCUUUGCUUGAAGUGGAGGGAGCAUUGAAGAAUGGAAUCAAAGCUGGUUUUAGGAGUGUUAUAGGAUUGGAUGGAGCACAUUUAAAAAUCUGUUUUGGUGGCCAGCUUUUGACAACAGUUGGAACAGAUGCAAACAACACAAGUUGGGUUGUUGCUUAUGCAAUGGUGGAAUUCGAGAGCAAGGACUCAUGGAUAUGGUUUCUUGAGCUACUGUGCAAGGUUUUGGAAAUCAAGGAAGAUGGAGCAGGUUGGGUUUUCCUAAGUGACAAGCAAAAAGGUCUCAAAUCUGCCUUUGAAGAAGUGGUUCUCAGUGCACAUAUAAGGUUUUGUGUUAGACAUAUGUGGACUAAUUUCACAAAAUUGUUUCCCGGAAAAGUGAUGAAGGAUCAAAUGUGGAAAUGUGCCAAGUCCACCAUUUUGCCCUAUUACCUGAAUGAUAUGGAAGAGAUGAAGGCACUUGAUGAGGAUGCAUACAAAUAG